GCAUUAUUGACUCGAGAACCGAACAAUAUCAUGGCAUUGCGCGCUGCAGAGUGGUGCAAGCUGCCCACGAGCUUGACAGAGCUCUGCAUCAGCACAACACUGCGCUGUGGACAGUCUUUCAGAUGGCGAAAGUCAGAGGACGAUAUAUGGAGCUGUGCCAUGCAUGGCCGUAUUCUCUCCCUCCGCCAGGAUGCUGAAGCACUCCACUACCGCGCCAUCUUCCCCUCGAAACCUGCCCUACCCACGCCUCGAGCAUCCACUGCGCCUUCAGUUGCCGCCGCCGCCGACGACGACACCUUCGCCUUCCUGAACCAUUACUUCAACCUGACACCUAAUCUCGGCCAGCUGUACGAGCAGUGGGCAGCCUCAGAUGCCAACUUCAAACGACGAGCGCCAAAGUUCACAGGCAUACGAAUACUGCGGCAAGAUGCCUGGGAGGCGCUGAUAGGCUUCAUAUGCAGCAGCAACAACAACAUCAGCCGGAUAUCAGGCAUGGUGCACAAUCUGUGUCUACACUAUGGCCCGCUGAUAGGACACAUUGACGAUGUCCCGUAUCACGACUUCCCAACGCCAGAAGCUCUCUGCAAGCCCGAAGUGGAAGAGCAUCUGAGAAGACUGGGCUUUGGAUAUCGAGCGAAAUACAUUGCGAAGACGGCACGUAUAGUCGCGGAAGAGAAAGGGGGGUUAAAAUGGCUGGAAGCACUCAGCAAUCCGGAACUACCACAGUUUGGCGUCGAACCACAGCCAGCUGGCGAGCUCAUGGAAGGCGGCAGAGAAGGCUACCGCAAGGCACACGAAGAGCUGCUGGUGCUGCAAGGCGUUGGUCCAAAAGUCGCCGACUGCGUCUGCCUCUUCGGUCUGGGCUGGCUCGAGGCUGUACCUGUCGAUACGCACGUUUGGCAGAUUGCGCAGAAGGACUACAAAUUCGGCAAGGGUAAGCACAGUAGUCUGACCGCAGCGACAUACAUUGCAAUCGGCAGCCUCUUCAGGAAGCUCUGGGGCAAGGAGGCUGGCUGGGCACAUUCGGUCUUGUUCACGGCAGACCUGAAGGCCUUCGCUGAGAGGACAGUCGCGAAGACAGAGGUCAAGGAAGAGGAAGUUGUGGUCAAAACUGAGGGCGACGACGUCGUGGCUGAAGCGUUUAUCAAGAAGGAGAUCAUCAAACGCAAGAUAAAAACAGAACCCAACGACGACGAACACCUGGUCCUCGACGCCAAAGAGGUGGCAACGCGACGCAGUAAACGACAACGAGCGUGAGAAUCUCGAAGCACCAUUUCCAUCACGUAGCAAGCAAAAAUCCAAAACGCUGCACUGGUCGAGGCCGCCGUAGUCGCUCGUGUAAUCUCAUAGGCAACGAUAGAACUUCUUGUUCAUGGGUUCGUUGCUCAUUAGGUAGAGACUCCUGAGUCGUAACAUAAAUGUCUCUCCAAUUGGACAUUUCUUUUGGUAACAACUGUAACAGUACAAUGAGCCAGACUAUCUACUAAAGUACCGGACUCAGAAGCAAAAUCGCGGUCGAGGUGAACAUGAAGUGACGAGGCUGAAACGUUCACUUCCACGCCAGUCCGACUCGGGACCGACGCUCAAUCUCUCUAGGUACGUGCACGACCACAAACUAGCACGAUGCAGCCGUCAGGGCGUUGGGUGCAGCUGAGUGGUUUGAAAGGAGCCAAUGGCUGCUUAGCUUCGCCUCCCACUCAUGUACGAAGUAGGGUUGAUGAAGGGCUGUGCAUGCGGC